AUGAAUUCACUUAAUAUCAGUAAUUAUUGGUCUCUUUUGGCAGCUAUUAUAUUUAUAAUGUACUCACCAUCUAUGUAUAAUUCAAUUUUAAGAUUUUAUGAAAAGGAUUUUAUUAAUGGUUUAUUAGUUUUUGUUGAUAUAGGAUUUGGAAAUGUGAUAAAAAGUAUGAGACAAUUUUACAAAAUCUUGAACGGUUACUUUAAUUGCUCUGAGUUAAAUCAAUAUGAAAAUUUAUUUAAUGAAAAAAUACUGGUUAUUUCUAUAUUAAAAAUGGUGCCUUUAAUAUUUAUAUUUCUGGAUAUAAUAAUAAUGGGUUUUGAAAGCUUUGCAUUUACCAAUUUAAUAGGCUUAAGUAUAGGUACUAUUAAUAGAGGUCCCAAUGAUUUUGAAAAUUUGUAUUUUGAUGAUUUAAUCAAAUUAUGUUAUACAGGGUUUGCAAUAGCUAUGAUUUAUUUAACUUAUUUAUCAAUAUUUGAUGUAAUUAUAGAUAUAUUUUAUUGCCAUGAGCUAAAAAGGGUGGUAUCUAGUGAAGAAAUAGGAUCACAAAAUCGAGAAACAUCUAUUAUUAACGGAAGUAACCUUAAUGUUUCAUUGCUAAUUAAAGAAAGUAGACAAGAAAUGGGAUAUAAUUCCAGAUUACUAAAUGAUUUAAUUAGCGAUGAACAGUUACUACUCAAGAACACAAUUGAUCCUUUAAGUAUUCCCUGGUUGAGGUAUUUUGUAUCAAAUACUUCUAUAAUGAAAAAUCUUCAUUUUGUAAAUUUAACAAAUGAUGAAGAUAUUAAUGAAUUAAAUCUUAGAAAUGAAUUAUUUUUUCCUAUUCAUAACUCAGAUAUAUACUACAAUAGCUAUGUAAUAGUUCCAAGAGUAUUACCAAUAAAAUUAUCAGAAACAUCUAAAUGGUCAAUAUAUAGACUAAUAUUUAUUUAUUCAUUUUUAUUGAUAAUUUAUCAAAUUUUAGAUAUUUUCUUAAAGUUCUCAAUAAUGUAUUUAUUAAUUCAAAUCCCUUUUUGGCCAUGGAAUUUUCUAAUUACAAUCACAUUACAACUCAUUUUCAUGGGCCUAUGCUUCUCAUUCCAUAAUUCACCAAUAACCAAUUUAAUUAUUGGACUUUUUAUUAACUUAUUUGGAGUUCUCCCUUUAUUAUUAACCUCUCAAAAUAGAAUUAAACAUGAUGUUAGUAUAUCAUGUUCUUUGCUUUCGCUUAGAUCUAUGGAAUUUCUUCUAUCUAUACUAAUUAUUAUCAUUAUUCCUUUCAACUCAAGCAGCGAUGAAAUGCAAUGGUUGCAUGCAAAUACCGGUAAUUUGAAUGUUUCCACAUACUUGCAUGCAAUAAAGAACUAUAUUUGGAAAAAUGACGUGGCCAAAAAUUUAGCACCGAAUAUGAAUGGAGAAAAUGGUAUAUUUGAAAAAGGCGAAAUAAAUAUUAGUCAAUUUUUUUGGACAAUUAUUAUAGUAUUUUUUAUACGUGAAAUGUUAUUAUUUUUAAUACAAAAAAUCAUAACAACUCCAAAAUCAAGGCAAAAUGAUUAUUUAUCAGAAAAUCCUAGUAAUGAAAGAAUUGAAAUGGUUAAUUCUAUCGAUUACAUGCCAUAUUUCAGAUUUAUAUAA